AUAAAUACACGAUCACACUCAUUACAUUCAAUGUUAAACGGGAAAUAUAGGAGAAACAACGGAACAACUAUUGGCAAUAUUUAUGGCUGGUUGAAUGUAAACAUCACAAGGUAUUACUGAUGUUAUCAUUUUUUCGUGCGAAAUAAACAACAUUAUUGUGAUUCAUUUGGAUCAGAAUUAUUGUAAAGACACUGAUCUGAACAAUUCAGUGAAAGAACGUUAUGAAAGAAGUUCUUUGGUAAAAUAUCAUAUAUCACAAGGAUAUAAAAAUAAUGAAAAACAUGCGAUAAAGACAUUCAAUAAGUAUCGAAAUCUAACGAAAUCUCUGAAUAGAAAGAGACAAUAAAUUAAAUAUUAUCAUUGCAAUAAUAGAAGUGAUACAAAAAAUAGCGGUUACAACAGUUACUUUGUGAGGAGUUUAAUUGUCGUUAUUUUUGUAUUGAGGACUGUUUUAACAUUGUUAAGAUAGGGCUCACGCAGUGUCGGAUGGGUAAUCACGGAAGCAGGCGCAAGGCUCGAGGACUAAAGUGCUUGUAUACCCGGCCUGAUGAUGAUCUUUCAGAUGACGAACAUAUUCCGACAGAAGACUUUGAGGGGAUCACGCCCGACUCGUACGAUAAAUUUUUAGCUUGGAUGGUUGAAAUGGCCGAAAAUGAUGAAGCCGACUUAAGUUCACCGGCAUUUGUUGAACAUUUGACUACAGUUUGUGCAGAAAAACAUAAACAAAGUACAACCCAGUUAGCUCCAUCCAUCCGUUCGAUUCCAUCAAUACGCCAGAAUUCAUUAGAAGUUCCAGUUCGUCAGCAUUCCUUGGAUUCUAGUAACAGUUCCCGAUAUAGUAGAUCGUCCAGGUCUAGAGAAGACUUACUGCAUCCUAAAACAAGAUUCCGACGGGCGAUGCUCAGUCGGCAAAGUACUGUUGAUUUUUCUGACGACGGUGACAUCCAACAUGACCCGACAGUUGGUGGCAGUUUUGACAGCGACACCGAUACGAACUUUCUUAGUCCUGAUACAGUUAUGCUAAACAAUAUAGGAGAAACUUCUUUUACGAACCGUUUAAGACCUCCAUUACGUAAAAAUCAAAGUUGCACAACAUAUCGAAAUUACAACACAAGUAUUGCAGACUUACUGAAUGCAGGCUCUCGUAAAAAGAGCAAAAGUUUAAUGACAAUGAGAAAGAUGCUAUCGGAAACGAGAAAUGACGAUGAAAUAACUCCAAUUACUGAAGAAACAGUAGUUAAAGUAUUAGAUAAUGAAAUGUUAGAUGGAAAUAUGGCUGAUAUUUUGUAUUCAGUGGAGGCGUUAUGGCCAAAGGCGCCAAAAUAUCUUAACCGGGAACAAAAAGGAUACAGCUUCAGUUGAGUAGAACUUAAACUAAAAUUAUGGCCACUGAUAUUAGAGGAUUACCAAGAGUAAAACCCUAUAAGAUAUACAUGUGAACUGCUUUCAUUAAAGUAGAUUCAAUAUUUAUCUAUUGCUUGAAUAGCAUGUUAUCAGCAAACAGAUUUUACGCAUACACUUAAUGUCGGAAAUUGUAAAAUUUGAACAAAUGUAAAUCUACAAUGUAAUGACAGGUAAUUAAUACACUGUAACUUCCACGUGAUGCACUGCUUGCCAUUAAAUGUUUCUGUUAUUGUUGAAUAUAAAGGCGUGGAAAUAUUUACUUUUAUUUACUACACAGCAGUGACUUUAUAACAGGACUUUUACAAUGACAAGUUUCUCUUUCAUCUGGAUAGAUUUGAAAAUAAGUUAAGCCUAAAAACAUAUAUAAUUGUCACUAAUGUAAAGCUUAUAUAUAAUUCACGGCUGUCAAGUAUGCCAUAUUGAAUAGAAGUAUAGGAAUUGGCGUAAUAUUCGUUUAAAGCACACAAUCAAUAUCACACUACUUAUAUUCAUCGGCUACUUUUAAUUGUAAAACAGUAGUGCAAUAUACCCAAAAUAUUUGCCUCGAGUAUUAAAAAUAUGGCUACGGUUACAAUAGUAAUAUUUCACAAGCUUUUUAGACCAAAGUAACCUUAUGAAAAAUUCGGGUAUAAUCGUAUGUUUGCUAUCUAAGCGGUCCAAAACGCCCAAUUCUAAUCCAACUCAGUAACAGAAUCCUUUUGAUAUGUUUGUUGAUAAUGAUUUAAACAAAGUAAAAAGCUACUCUUGCCCCUCAGUGACUGUGAUAUGCCUACUGUAUGACAGCCUCACAGGAGAAAAUCGCUUUACAUUAUUCAUUAGCAUAUUCAAAUAUUGUCGCUAUGAUUUCACUAUUUGUUAUACAUAUCGUGAUAUUAUCUAUAUCAUAUCACAUGUUUUAAUACAUUAAACAUCGAAUUCGUUCCAUGUUGGUUAAUUUCAUGUUGAUAUCUAGGAACAUUUUCCUGCAUAGUUAUUACUAUUGUUGUUCAUAUAUACAUAAUGUGUAUGAUAGUUUACUAAUUAACAUUUUUGGAAAUAAAUAAAACAGAUUGGUCCGAUUAAUUCAAUUUCAAAGAACCGUAAUUUUUAAUCGCUUGAGGUUUUGCUGUAAAUAUUUCUUCAUUUACAACACAUUCCAAACAUGUCUAAUUUUAGUUAUUUCCAUUUUUGUCUCAUGUUUGUUGAAGAAUAAAGGCAUUGUUUUUUACGAUACACCCAUUUCAUCAAUAAAUUUUUCCGCAAAAGAAACAUAUCAACAAUAAAGUAUUUAGUGUUGUUGUCUUUUUUUCUCCUGCACGAGCAAAACGAUAUCUUAAUAGGGCACGUUAAUGUUCUUUAAGAUCAUUCAAAUCUAUGUUUGGGAUAUUAAGAUUUAAAAACACAUUUAUUGUACUGUCCAUAAAUAUGAAAUACGAUCGAUAAGACUACACACAAACGCUCGCCAUGUAAUGACAAUAUGUGACCUAAAAGACUUGGAUAACUAGGGAAAAUGCUUUAUGAAUUAUUCAGAGUAAAUUUACCAAUUUCUAAAUUUCUAAAAGACUGAACUUUCAAGAAACACAUAAAUCUUAAAUUUGAAAAUAAAAUCAUAUCCAUGAAGCAUGUCCGCGGAAAUCCCCGUAUUAGCAUUUAUUAUCACACACUUUUGCUGGUAACGCAGAUCUUUAUAUAAUUAAAGGCUCAUAAUGCCUUUGUUCAAAAUGUGGCUGACACUUUUUCCGUUAUGAACAUUAAAUAUAUCAAUUUCAUGUUAAAUCUUAUUUACCAUAAUUGUUUCCUCUAAUAUUUGACAAAGGGUUGAAUACUGAUGAGCAAAGUAGAAAGUUUUAUUGAAUCUAUUGUUUUUAUUACCUCCCUUUAUGACUCUAACUACAAACAUUCGUGUGCAGUAUUGCAAGUAGCGCUUUUCUAACCAUAUAGUUAUGAAUACUAUGUAUUUGGACAGUUGUUUCAUCUGUUUUAACAUAGAAUUUUAAGCCUAAUGGAACUUUAAAAUCAUUGUACUUCAUAUAUACGAUUGCAGUAUAGCAUAGAAAAUCAACGAUGGCUUUGUAAAAGUAAAUCGAUUUGUCAUAAAAUAUUCAGCAUUGUAUUUCAUUCUGAAUACAAUAAUGCUGGAUUAAUUUAUAAACCCUGGAACGAAUUAUAACAUGUCUGCGACACCAGACAAUAGACAAUAGCAACUCGUUGACACUGCUGAAAUAUAAAAAUAAAAGUGUAAAUAAAAGGCCAUCAUCCGAGCCCGAGAAAAUCGCGAUUUAACUGCAACAUAUUACUUACAUCAUAGAUCAUAUUAUAUCAAAUUGACAAUGCAGUGUAUAGUGUAUCCCAUGUAUAUUUCAAGAAAUUCCUGAUUUGGCAUACAUACAGCUGUUAAUAAAUUUCUGAAACUACGCAUGGUUGUAUUAGAAACAAUGAAACUAAGAACACUAUGAGAAUAAAUAGUUUAACUCAUCAGUUAGGUUGUAAUUAGAUAAAGGAAGAAUGAGAGAAAUAUUUCUUUCCUUUAAUUUAAUAAUUUCUAAAUAUCUUUCCAGACAUUAAAUUGUAACAACCGGAAGCAACAGCGUUGCAAUAAAUCUGCUUAAAUAUUAUCAUGGAAUAUAUAGUAACUGAAGCAUGCACUAAGACAAUUCUCAAAUGAGAUUGCAGCUUCUGUUAAAUCGGGUUUUCAUAUAAGAAUUUAGUUCGAAUUUAAAAACUAACUUGAGAUUUGCAUUUCUUUGUUUAGUAUGAGAAAAUGCAGAGCUGAUGACAAAUGAUGUUUCUAUAUAUCUAUGAAAUAUAAACCCAUGUUCAUAUUUGACUGCGUCUUUCGUUAGAAAGAUCAUGAUAACAUUUUUAUUUUACUGGUUCCGUGAAUUUUGUUUUUAGUCGAGCACAUCUCGAUGAUUUGACCAGUACCAGUAGAUUAUAUGGCCAUUAUCUUCUCGAAGAGUUGCAAUCUAAACCCUGAAAGUAAUUAAUUAUAUGCUCUUGAUAUUAGCAUUGUUAAAUAUAUGAUAGUGAUAGACUGGUCUGAUUACCUAAUAUAUUAUUAAAAAUAAUAUAUGCUUGUUCCCUGUCACCGCAACAA